GAUGAGGUGUUUGCGCAGCCAGUGAUCAACAAGAACCAGUUUAGCAAGAUUCCGGCCCGCAUUGAGGAAGCCUCACCCUGUUUCACAUUCUCCAUUUCUGGCUUCCAUUAGAUGAAAACUUGCGAGGAUUUCAACCUCUCUCUGUCUCUGUCUCUGUCUCCCCCGGCGGCCGCUGUUCCCCUGCGGGAGUCCCGGACUCCAGGCUGAAGAAAGCGCUCUGUCUGACGCCGGUUCCUUUACUCCGCGCUGUUGCUGGGCGCCGGUGACAGACUCGGCCCCCGGGGGUAAGGAGGGUCCCGGCCGGAGGGAGGGAGGGAGGGGAAGCGGCCGCGCCGGCCGGGGAUUGAUCAGAUGCUGCCUCAUCCGCUGAGUUUCUCCAGCAUGUUGUGUCUACCUCAUUGACCAUUGCGUUGCCCACAGUGGAAUGGACAUCCACAUUCUAAUAUCAGACAAACUGUGCCGUGAUUUCAUCCCAAGAUGAAGGGAAGACACAGGAUUGUACUGAUCCUACUUCUCCAGACAGCAAUGAUGGAGGAGUUCUAUGUGAUUGUGCCGGACUAUCCGGUGGUGGCCAUGGUGGGUGAAGAUGCCCUAUUGGAAUGUCAGAAGGUACCGGAUACAUCACUGGACGCUCUGGAGGUCCGAUGGUUUACAACGAGCCCGGGGUCACCGGUACAUUUAUACACCAGCGGCCAGGACAGAGCUGAGGUGCAGGACGAGGCUUAUCGAGGGAGGACGGAACUCUUUCGGGAAGAGUUUCCUCAUGGAAACGCCUCGCUUAAACUGAAGAGGGUGAAAGUAUCAGAUGCUGGAAUGUACACGUGUUCCAUCAGCACCCCCACGUCCCGUCAGCAGGAGGCGCUGCGGCUGCAGGUUGAAGGAUUUGGACUCCGGCCCUGGAUCCGCUUGGAGGAAAGCACCACACAAGGAGUACGUGUGGUGUGUAAGUCGGAUGGAUGGUUUCCCAAGCCGGAGAUACGGUGGCUGGAUGGGAGUGGACAAGAUGUAACAGAACGGUCUGACACAUUGUUUACUGAGAAUCCCAGCGGGAUGUUCAUUGUCCACAGUCACAUCGAUGUCACAAGUGAUUCUGUGAACAGGUAUUCCUGUUACAUACGGAGUAAAAUACUGGGGAAAACACGAGAGGCCCAUCUCCAGAUAUCAGAUGAGUUCUUUCCUAAAACCAACCCUUGGCUGCUGGUUUUCUGGUUGUUUGUGGCCCUCGUGGUUACGGCUGCUGCUUUCAAUAUAAUGUUGCACAGAAAAGAAGAUAAAAUGAUUAAAGAACUGCAGCUGUUUCUCUCUAUGGAAGGUAAGAUAUUUCGGAGACAGCAGAGGAACGGGCCAUUCGGCCCAAACUGUCUGAUUAUGAGAAGCAAUGAUAGGAUAGGUCAACACCUUAUUUCCUGCGUUAGGUAUCAAAAGUAAGAGGUGAUGAGGUGAGAGGGCGAUGUUUGCAGAGAUCUGAGCAGUGAUGUUUUAACACAGAGAAUGGUUUUGUUAUCUGAAUCAUGUUAUCAGAGAACGUGGUGAAUCCAGGC